AUCACAGCUUUCUUCAUCUUCUGUAAUUUCUAACAGUUUGCAAAAUUCCAAUGAAAAUUUCCAUUUUUGCCUAUAUUUUAUUUUUCUUUAUCUUCUAUUUUCUUUCUGUUUCCUCUUCUUCUUCCGUCUCCGUCACGGUUUCUAGACCAUCUCCUCCUCCUCCAUUGUCCCUUUCCUAUGUCUAUAUAACAGUUCAGGAAGCGUAGGCAGUUCUUUCCUUCUUGUUCGUCUCAUCACCAAGUAGAGGACGAUGAAGCGUGGGAAAGGCGAGAAAAAGGCAACAAAGAGCCGAGAUGGCAGUGGUCAAGUAGUUCCGCUCACUGAACCGGUGGUUGUAGCUACGGGUACGGUUGGAACUAGAUCAUGGAUAGGAGGGCUCUUCACACGCUCCAAUAGACGUCAAGACAAGUCAUCAGUCGAUUACACUUUGUCUCCUCUUCAGGAGGAAAGACUUCAAAAGCUGCAAGACCGUAUGGUUGUACCUUUCGACGAGACACGAUUUGAUCAUCAGGAAUCACUAAAAUCAUUGUGGAAUGUCGCGUACCCUAAUGUUAGUCUCACGGGUUUAGUAACAGAACAAUGGAAAGAAAUGGGAUGGCAAGGUCCCAAUCCAUCUACCGAUUUCAGGGGUUGCGGAUUUAUCGCUCUAGAGAAUUUGCUAUUUUCUGCAAGAACUUACCCGGCUUGUUUCCGGAGGCUAUUGUUCAAACAAAGAGGCGACCGGGCAAAGUGGGAGUACCCUUUUGCGGUGGCCGGAAUCAACAUCUCCUUCAUGUUGAUCCAAAUGCUCGAUUUACAAAAUAACUCAAAGCCGAAAUGUCUUCCAGGGAUGAAUUUUCUCAAACUCUUAGAAGAAGACGAGAAAGCAUUCGAUGUACUAUACUGUAUAGCUUUCGCGAUGAUGGAUGCUCAAUGGCUUGCAAUGCACGCUUCUUACAUGGAAUUCAAUGAAGUAUUACAGGCGACUCGGAAUCAGCUAGAGAGAGAGCUUUCUUUGGAUGAUAUUCAUCGGAUUCAAGAUCUCCCUGCCUACAAUCUUUUGUUCCAAUAGUAUUUUUCUUAUAUUUUUUUUUUCUUUUUUUUUCUAGUUUGAUUUUUAUGUGUUGUACAUUAAUUGAAAUUUAUGAACGAAAUGAAAUUGAUUAACCAA